AUGUUGCUCGAAAUCGCAAUUACCAGGUUCAAUGUGCAGUGGAUAUGGCUCSAUGUCGCCAUGAUCAGCCAAAACAAAACCGUUCGAGCAAUGGCCAUUAAUUCCAUGGAUACUGUGUACUCAACCGCCAAAGCGACACUCGUCGUCGACAGACUCCUCCUCAACUUCAUCCCCAGGGCAGAAGACGAUAAGCAAACUGCUCUAGCAAUCACAGCAUCGGACUGGAUGACCCGUCUCUGGACCAUGCAAGAAGCCAUGCUCAGCCAGAACCUCCUCAUCUUGACGAACCGCGACUCUCCACCGAUUAACCCCCGAACCCUCCUCCACCGCAUCAUCCUCGCCAACCACGAUCCCACGCGCUGGCAACAAUACAUCGCCAUCAAACUCCUCUCCACAAUGGCGCACGACCCCAUACCAUCUCUCCGCAAGAUCGUAACCUUCAGCUACGAACGUACAACCACGAAACCAAUCGACAUGGUCCGCGCUUUGUAUCCAUUAUUCGGACUCAAGUGGCCCGACGCAGAAACGACGCUUAUACAAGGGCAGAUUCUGCUGUUGCAGCGUUUGGGUCAGGAGGCUGCUAUAUUGACCAGUCUCAGCAGCCCGAUUGGGCUACCGUCGCCGUGGGGAUGGGCGCCUUUAGUUAUUCCCGGUGCGUCGGGAGGAAGUAUCUCUGGCUAUGGUCGGCAUGUCACUAAAGAUGGUCUAGUAGGCGCGUGGAGCUGGCUUGAAGUCGUGCCUGUGGCUAUGGAGCCGCAAGGUGCGGUCAAGGGACGGCUGUCCUCGAACAAGGGAUGGAUGUUUGAUUUUAAGCGCAGUUUUAAAGAUUCUCGAAAGUAUCGUGAGCCGCCAACAGCCGGAGCAGCAGCAGCAGCAGGAGGAGGAGGAGGAGGAGGAGGAGGAGGAAGCACGAUACUACAUCAUCUGAACCACGCCGUCGGCAUAGGUGCCGACAUUCUCAAAUCCAGCAUCAUAACCACCUUCUCUCAAUGGUCCGGCCCACCAAAUGCAGACCUUGAACUCUCAAAACUGGUUGGCAUGAAACACGUCUAUGCCGUUUUCCGUCAAGCACACAAUCCAAACGAGCAGUUCAAAACUCUGGUCACAUACACUGCGAACGACCCCUGGCCGUGGCACGGCCAGAAACUGUUUUUCAUUGCAUCUGCCGAUCUGAGCGCGCAGACUCGUGAUGCAGUUCUGAACCCGCACGACGCGCCGCAGUAUCUGGAUCUGGUGGUUGUGGAAUCGGAGAAGAGUGGACGGUACGUAAUGAAGCGGGUUGGGAAGGUGGUUACGAUGGGUGUGCGGCUCAGGGGUGGGAACGAGGAGGCGAUUCAGGGGUUGCUUCGUUGA